CAUCUCCAUCACAUUCCAAUCGACAUUCUUCUCUCUGCCGGACAACGUCGACGACGCCAUGGAAGAAGGCAUCAAAUACGAAGAGGAAUUCAUACUCAAUUCAAGAGGAAUCAAGCUCUUCACUUGCAGUUGGCUCCCUCAAAACAGAGAACCCAAAGCUCUCGCCUUUAUCUGCCACGGGUAUGCUAUGGAAUGCAGCAUCUCAAUGCGAGGAACUGGAAUUCAGCUAGCCAAAGCAGGCUAUGCAGUUCAUGGGAUUGACUACCAAGGCCAUGGCAAAUCUGAAGGACUGCAAGGCUUCGUGGCCAACUUCGAUGAGCUCGUCGACGACUGCUUCGAUCAUUUCAGCAACAUCUGUGAGAGAAAAGAGAACCGAAGGAAGAUGAAGUACCUAUUUGGGGAGUCAAUGGGAGGAGCAGUGGCUCUCCACCUUCACAGGAAGACACCAAACUUUUGGGAUGGAGCAGUUCUGGUGGCUCCAAUGUGCAAGAUUGCUGAAGAGAUGAAACCGAGUCCAGUGGUGAUCAAGAUAUUGACAUUGCUAACAAGAGUCAUACCGACAUGGAGAGUGAUUCCUACCGAAGAUAUCAUCGACAAGGCUGUUAAAAGACCAGAAUGGAGGGAGGAGAUCAGAAAGAAUCCUUACUGCUAUAAGGGAAAGGUCAGGCUGAAGACUGGCUAUGAACUCCUCAGGGCCAGCUUGGACACAGAAGUUAACCUUCAUCAGGUUUCCUUGCCGUUCUUGGUCGUUCAUGGAGAUGCUGACACAGUGACGGAACCAAAAGUGAGCCACUGCUUGUAUGAAUCAGCAUCCAGCGAAGAUAAAACUCUGAAGAUUUAUCCGGGGAUGUGGCAUGCAUUGACGUCAGGAGAGUCCCAAGAACACAUCGACCUCGUGUUCUCUGAUAUCGUCUCGUGGCUAGAUCGGAGAACCGAAUUUGCAAACACCGGAAUGGAGACAGGGCAAAAGACUAGCCAUGAUCCCAGACUCCACACUCCUCUACACGCCAAGGAGCUGACACUUUGAUCACAAUUUAUAAGCUUGAGAAGAAGAUUAAUUUUCACUAACCACCAUCUCUAAGGUAAUUAUGUAAUCCGGAGUUAUGGAAAGACCUCUAAUGAAUCAUCUUCGUUGUCGUAUACACGACGAUAUAGCCAA